UUGAUGCUGGAACUGUGCUGGUAUGGUGAUAGUGUGAAAAGGGUCCGGGAAUAUAUAUUGCCGUCUACAGUGCUUCCGAUGAAUCCAUCACACCUCUCCCCAGAUGACUUCCUUGCCUACCUCUAGUAAACCCCCUCUUGACCCUACCUCUCGACCUUUCUACGAGGCUCCCUUCCAGACUGUGAUCACGGCAGGAACUGGCUGGGACAAGAAUCUACGGGAAAUUCUUCAUUCGAGAUCUCCCACACCGUACUCCGCGUACAAGGAGAUAGCAUCUGCGUAUGCAGAGCUUCUACGCAUGCUCGAAACAUCGAAUGGCAGUCUUGUGGGAUUUCAUUAUCGCUCGGAUCUCAAGCAGAUACUUUCCACCGCCGAACAUCUUGUUCGCUACAGCAAGUGGUACCCAGAAGAUAUGCCUUUAAAUAUCGGACAAUUGUCCAACGAUGUUUGUAAUGGAGUGGACAUCUCCAAGUUCCGCCAUCAAAGUAGAACUAUGAGUUCGAAAAUUGAAACCGAGAUUUCUCUACUAAGAGAUCGGACGGGGCUCGAACAGCAUUAUAAGAAAUGCGAUAACAGGAGACUCCUUGGGUUCAUUACUCGCGCAUCCAAGAUCCUUGCUGGAGUAUCCUUCGUGUUAUUUGCUUGCAUAACCCUACUGGCCUUGGUUUUACCCUGGUAUUGGAAGUUUAUCAUAUAUAAGGCUGGGUUUGCCUUGGUCAUCGGAGCAGUAGCGUAUCUGGGAUUUGACGUGUCCAAACGCAUGCAGAGAUAUGUUCUCGCUGUCCAGACACUGUACAUGCAUUAUUUUCUACUCAUUUGGGGCUGGAACGACAUCAAGGCGCUGCUAAGCCGUAUAGCAGAAUCAGAGGGACCAUUAUCUGACCAGCAAGAUGUGUACUUCUUCUUACAGGCUUUCCGAGGAUCGUUUUUAGUGCAAGAGGGUGAAUUACAGCACCUGCAGAUACAAAUAUCUGCUUCGCUAACAUAUAACACCGAGUAGUCUGAAUGGUGACGUGGUAGGAGCGGGGGUAUGUUCAAAGUUGUGUCGUCUGUGUAUGGCCUUCUUGGUCUUGAUAAUAUCGACUUGGUAAGUAAAUGACGGUGGUCGGCAGUUGCUGUCCUCAAAAUACUUCGUAUCCAUGACUCGAUUCCUUGUUUCCGUUGUGGCACUUAAGUACAAAUGAGUUCAACGUUGAAAACUAGGAUACUUCUGUGUGCGUGUGAGCUAUGAACAAC